AAGCAUGAUAAAAAUCAUAUUUUGUUUGGUGGAACCAAAAUACUGCAACACACUGCAGAUAAGAGCUUUCCUCUAAAAACUCCUGAUGGUGGCUGCUUGGCCAUUGUUCUACGUACAGGGUUUGAAACAAGUCAAGGAAAGCUUAUGAGGACAAUUUUGUUUUCUACAUAGAGGGUUACUGCUAAUAGAAGGGAAAGUGGUUUGUUCAUUUUAUUUCUAGUUAUAUUUGCCAUAAUUGCUGCUGGUUACGUACUAAAAAAGGGACUAGAGGAUCCCACAAGGAGCAGAUAUAAGCUUUUCCUAAGUUGUUCACUCAUCAUUACUUCUGUGAUUCCCCCAAAGCUACCAAUGGAAUUAUCAAUAGCUGUUAAUACAUCUUUGAUUGCAUUGGCACGACGUGGAGUAUUUGUACAGAACCCUUUCGAAUCCCAUUUGCUGGAAAGGUUGAUAUAUGUUGUUUUGAUAAAACUGGGACACUGACAUCAAAUGACAUGGUAUGCCCCUAUUCAUAGAUAUGUGCUCACUAAUUUGUUGACAUGGUAGCUUUACAUUAUGGUACUAGUGGUGUGUUUACUGGCUUUGAUUGUCAUCUGCAAUUGAGCAUUCAUCUGUUUAAUGUUCCUCUCUGCAUUGGCGAUCCUUUUGAGAAAGCUGCACUAAAAGGAAUUGACUGGAGUUAUAAAUCUGAUGAGAAGGCAGUUCCGAAAAAGGGAGGUGGCAAUGCUGUACAGAUAGUUCAGAGGCACCAUUUUGCAUCCCACUUAAAAAGAAUGGCAGUUGUGGUUCGUAUCCAGGAGGAAUUUUUUGCAUUUGUAAAAGGUGCACCUGAGACCAUCCAAGAUAAACUUGCUAAUUUGCCUCCAUCAUAUGUUGAAACUUACAAGACAUAUACUCGUCAAGGGUCUCGUGUUCUAGCACUCGCUUUUAAGUCACUUCCGAAUAUGAUGGUAUUUAACUGUCCUAUAAGAGCAGAUUCUACCACUAUUCUGUUAGAAUUGAAGAAUUCAUCACAUGGUUUGGUGACGAUUAUUGGUGACCAAGCUUUGACAGCUUGCCAUGUUGCUAGCCAAGUUCAUAUUGUAUCAAAACCAGCAUUAAUUCUUGCUCCAGCUAGGGAUGGUGAAGGUUAUGAACGGAUGUCACCUGAUGAGACAGAAAGCAUUUGCUACAAGUCAAGUUUCUCUAAUUAUCAUUUGCUGAUUAAUAAAGAAAGUCUCUAAUUGAUCACAGGCUGUACUUUUUCUUUCCUUUGCUGCUUUUUUUUUUUAAUAGAUCAAGAAUCAAUGAGUUUGGUUUCUAAUGAACUUGCUCUCAUCAUGUUAUAAAAUUCUUUGCAUCUU